AUGAUAGUUCAAGAAAUUACUCAAUCAACAAACAACCCACACAAGCAUGAGAAAGACGCACAAUUGGAAGAAACUGUGAAUAAAGAUGAGAAGCCGAGCUCUGGUGUUACUGGGGUAGAUCUUUGUUUAGAGAAAACGAAGUUGGUGACCGAUAAUCGUAGAGAUAUCGUGUUGAGAAUGUUCUGGCUUGUUGUUUUCGAGAUAGCUUUUUUAAUCACAAUGGGAAUAGCUGGUAUGGUGGCUACCAUUUUUAGAUCAUAUUUCCUUAAUGGAUCGAUACGUAUUGUAAAUUGUUGUAUCCAAUUUCUUUUGAUGCUUAUACAAUUUCCAGUGCUCAAUGUUUUAGGUUGGUGGUUAAAAUUGAAUAUUAUGUCAAGCCACUCCAGUUUCCCCGUUGGCCAGGCAUCUCAGGAGUAUAAAGCUAUAAUGAAGCAUAUUUUGAGAGACCCAAUCUUGAGCUUUGGAUACAUUGCUAUCAUAACUUGCACAUUGUGGUUGGCAUUUAUAUGUCCCGUUGAUUUCUUUGAUUCGAAAUAUAUAAACAUAAUAGCACUUGCUUUCUUCUUGCUUAACAAAAUCAAUGGCAAAGUCACUGAAAACAUACCAUUUUUUAGCUUCAACUAUAGUUCAAGUGCAUCGAGUAAUGUGAGUCGUGGUGAAUAUGACUCCUCCUCGGAUGAAACAGAAGAACAAGCUGCUGAUUUAGAGAACUUGGAACAGUUACUAGAACACACUGCAAGUGGAGAAAAAGUUAUAAAAGGUGAACAGAAUGGAGUUGAAUUUGGCCUGGUAAUUGAAAAAUACGAAGCAAAGGUCCGUCAGAGGAUGAAAAAGUACAAAAUCUUUCAAUUUGUCUUUCCCACUAUAACAAUGGUAAUUCACGCCACCCGAACAUUUUGGUCCGCAAGCAACAAGAUUGGAUCUUAUGAAAAAUACGCUUUUAUAUUGGACGAGGUACUAAUUUCAACAUCAUUUUUCCUACUUAAAAGACUCAAUAUGAAGCGCCAACACAUCAUGCUAAUUGAGUAUGUGAAAGAAUAUCUACCAAUCAUGAAGAAUAAAAGAAGAUACAGUAAAGAAGUACUGAACAGAAGGAUGGAUUUGGUUUAUGUUUACUAUCUAACAAUUUAUUGGGUGUUGUUCUUCUCAUUCUUUGUUAAUAGGGCGCCCUUUGAAUGCGUCGUUAACGUGUGUUUGGUGUUAUUCUUGAUUUUUAGAACCAACAAGGUCACUACUGGAAGCUAUUUAUCAUUUAAAAGUAAACCUAAAGCAAUGAAGAACAGAGUUUAA